UCUCUCGUAGCCGAUCCUCCGUCGCGUCUUUUCGCACGAAGACCCGCCGACAGAUUUGGCCGGUGUCCAAAAUCGCGUGGCCCCUGUCUACCUCCCGCGCUUCUUCUCGUCCGCUUUCCCAUCUCGCUCGCAUCCCGGUCUCCCUUAGAAUAACUCGGAGGUGACCGUCUCCGCUAACGGACCACCGCCAUCGGCCCCGUGUAUCGGCUGACCCAGGAAGAAGUUAGCAGGCAGUUGCACCGCGACUCCCUCUCGAUACGGGCGUCGACGUCGUUCGACUCUCGUUACGCAAUUAAAUGCUCGUGCCAGCCGAUCCGAUCAAACGGAACCAGAAGAUCCCGGCGGAUCGAAGAACCUUGCUGUAGCGAUCAUGCAAUUCGAUCGUCGCCGCCGAGCCGUAUCUCGCGCGAUCGUUUUCGAAGCUGGCUGCUUCUCUCGUUGCUAAGGACCCCACGCGACCGGUUAUCUCUCGCUGGACAGGGUGGUCGAUAUCGAUCCGGAGUAUCCGUAAAAUUCCCUGGCCUGCCAGUUCUUACAAGAUUCCAUUUCGACGAAGAGAAUAUCGGAAUAGGAUUCGUGACUCCUGAACAUCAAUAAUGACUACGGUCUCGUGCGUAGAGAGAUAUUUUUCUCCUUGCUAUGUGUAAGGGAUCGUAGUGUUCAGGCAAGAGUGUCCAGGAAAAUUAUGCCGACGACACGAUAAUCGAAAUUGAGCCGACUCGAGGAUAACAUACUAUCGGGAUGCCGUCGGUACCGACCACCACGUACUCUGGCGCGAUAUCGCCAGAUAUCGACAACUCGCAGACCUUUGAAGAAUCCUCUACCGGCAAGAUGCUGGCCGGUAGAGCCACCAUCGAUUCCAGCAGCACGAUCAUCGAGAAUUCGAGGAGGCUCCUAGAGCCGUUGAUGUCCGCGAGAAGACCACCGUUGCCACCUUUCAGAAGACCGGUCAGCAAAUUGCACACGUUAGGCCUGACGAGGAGUCCAUCACCAUGUAGCUUCUCGUCUAGCCUGUCUUGUCGCUCGAUCAGAUCGAUGUCCGUCGUGUCCUCAAGACCUCGGACGAGCAUCGAUUCACCGACCUUCUCCACUCCUCCAAGAAGAAUGUUUCCUCUAGCGGCUGCUUUGGACCCGAUGGAAGAUCUGUCCGUGAAAGAACAGGCUCCCGUAGUAUUCGACGCUAGUUUGAAUUUCGUGUUAGGCUGCGACAAGCAAAGAGUCAAGCAGUCGUUCAGGCCAACAGCUUCCCACAUGGAGCCGUCGACUGCUUCGUCUUAUUUGUCGUCGAAGAUCUCGCAGUUCCUCAAAAGGACCGAUCACAUAAUGGACGAGUGGCGAAGCAUGGGCCACAGAGACGACGCGGAUAACGACUUAAAUCUGGCAUCGAUGACCCGGUGUAACGAGAGAUGCGGCAUGGGUAGAAGCCAGAGCGCCACGAAUAUCAUGAUCAGAGGUUAUCAGUAUUACAGCAGGUCGAACAGCAUCGGGAAAAACUCAAGGCGUUCCCUUUCACGUACCUCGGACGACAGGACUCUCUCCGACGGUGUUGGUCAGGUGCUGAGCGAGAUGACUGCCGAUUUUGCGGAGGAACACUCAACGUCGACGUUGGCGGCUGAAAGGAUCGAUGCUGAAACGUCGGAACGUCUGCGACUCGAAAGAGAGCUACAAGAUGUGACAGAGGCGAAUAAAAAUCUACAGCAAACGACCGAACGUCUGGAGAUGGAGCUUUUGUAUGCAAGGGCCGCAGACUUAAAUGGUGUUGCGUCCGACGCUGAAGAUGGUGAGGACGGCGGUGUUUAUAAGCAAAGAUACGAACAUGCCAUAAGGGAACUCGAGUUUACGAAGAGGAAGAUGGCCCAGCAGCACGAAGAUGACCUCGAACAACUGGUUGGACUUAAGAAGCAAUUGGAAAAGAAGUUAGUUGAUGCUUAUGAAGAAGUCGAGGAGCAACGUCAGGUUGUUGGACAAUGGAAAAGACGUGUGCAAAAACUAAAUGGCGAGAUGCACGACUUGAGAUUACUGCUAGAGGAACAGACGGCUAGGAAUAAUCUUCUAGAAAAGAAACAGCGCAAGUUCGAUUCGGAAACUCAGAAUUUGAUGAACGAUCUACGACAAGAGAAAGCGCAGCGUGAAAGAUUGGCCAGAGAAAAAGAAAUCGCGAUCGCAGAAAAGUUUACCAUAGAACAAAAUCUCAGCGACGCAAGACUAGAAAUCGAAUUAAAGGAAGAAAGGCUACGAACGCUGAGCCAAGAGCUUGAGGAGCUAACGUUUGGUGGCAAAACGGAGGAGGAAGUAGCACAGUUGAAGAAAGCAAAGCAUGAGCUGGAAAAAAGAGUAAAGGAUCAGGAAGAAGAGUUGGACGACCUCGCUGGUCAAGUUCAGUUGCUCGAGCAGGCAAAGUUAAGACUCGAGAUGAGUAUCGAGCAACAACGCAAGGAGAUACGCAAAGAGAUGCAACAGAGGGACGAAGAACUAGAGGACGUACGCGGUAACGCUUUGAAAAAGGUGAAAGCUCUAGAGUCACAGCUAGAGAACGAACACGAGGAGAGAACGAUAUUGCUUCGGGAGAAGCACGAACUGGAACGUCGUUUGGUAGCCAUCGAGGAACAAGAUCGUGCUGAACGUGCUGCAGAAGCUGAUACCAUGCAUAGGCUAAAAAGAGAUUUAAAAAGAACCAAAGCAUUACUAAGAGACGCUCAAACGAUGCUAGAGAGAUCGAAAGGCGAUUCGACGGGUAAAGCAGCUUUGCGACAACUGAAGAAUCAAUUGGAGGAUGCAGAAUGUGCUAGAGCAGUUGCAGUUAAGGCGAAACAAGCACUGGAACAAGAAUUAAAUGAGACGCAGGCAUCGUUAGAGGAAGCACUGCGACAACGUUCUGAAGCAGAAGAUCGUGCUAAUGUAGCUAAUCGUGAGCGAGCUGAGUUAUUGUCGCAAUUGGAAGAGAACGAAGAGGAAUUGGCAGAAGUAUUGAAAAAGUAUCGGGCGGCUGUGCAGCAAGUAUCGGCGGAACAGGGCCAGUUGCAGGAAGCACAAGUGCAAAUUGCUGCACUGGAGGCAGAAAAAUCUUCAUUGAAGGAUCAACUUUCAGAGUUAACGCAACGACUUGAAUCCGUUGAGCAGCUUGGUGAUCCGACUGCGAACAGUCUUGCCACACGACGACUCGAGUUUCGUGCUAAAGAGCUCGAAAGUAAGCUCGAAUUAGAGCAAACGACAAGAGCACGCUUGGAAACUCAAAUAGCAAGACUGAAAGAAAACGUGGAUAAACUACAAACUGAGACUGCGUUACUUCGAACGAAAGAACAGAGUGCCCAAGAUGCUUCGAGAAGAUUGCAAAGAUCGUUACGUGAAUCAAGAGAAGAAGCCAGUUCGGCACUGGCGCGUGAACAAGAGUCCACGCGUGCUCGUCGCGAAUUGGAAAAAUCUCUUGAGGCUGCUGAAGCGGAGACCAAAGUCGCUAGGGAUGAUCUCAGAUUGGCGCUUCAACGAAUUGAUGAUCUACAGAGCGCCAUACAAGGUGAACUCGAUUUAGAUUGCAGCGAGGAAGGGACAACCGAAAAUAGUGACAGUGAUUGAUGUGAACAGUUGUCGGAUCUUGAAUCCGACGAAAACAAAGAUAAGGAACCGACUGAUCAACGUAUAGCCGAAAGAAUUACUGAUGAAUCGCCAAUCGUCGAGUCAUCGAUGGACACUUGUUGAUUCACAAGGCUGAAAGGAGGACAACAAAUGUUAAAAAAACAUCAAGAAGGAUGAUAUCACAGGAAAAAAGAAGACAUUUUAGAUCAAAAUUGCUAGACUUAGUUUCUUACUAUCAACGUCGUUACCACUGUCGGGUGAAUUCAACAUUAACGACAGCGAAUCAAAAUUGAUGGAGAGAAAUCAAAUCAUUCAAUUCUAUAUGUAGGGAUUCUAUCACUAGGGUAAAGUUUUUAAACACAAAAUGACGAGUAACGAGUGAAAUCCGUCGAUUUGUACAAUUACCGUACUAGCAUAAUUUUACUCGUGACUCUUUUCUCAACAUAAUCGAAAAGAUGACAAGUUCUUAGGUGGUGCUAAUUUCGAAUUUCGAAAAACAUGUUGAUGUCGUGGCUAUUCAUAUUCUGCUUCUUACUACGUGUUUUUGGUGCUAUAUUAUCCGACAGUAGAUUUUGUCGACGGAUUAAUUGUUGUUCCAGUCUUCCAAGGGAAAACGUCGAGCUUCUCGAUGCAGUGGUGUCGAGAUGUAAAAAUACGUCCAUGUGCACAAUUAUCAAACAGUUGCCUAUCCAACGGCCCAUAGUUCAAACGUGCAACGUAUCAUGGAGAACGAAAUAUCAAAGCCUUACUUCUUCAAAAAUGAAAAGCAUUUUACGCUUUUUUAACACUUCGCUAUACGUAGCCAACAACGUUGGCUAUACAGUUUGUAUUAUAAAACGCGUGCUGCGACUCAGUUUUUUGGUUUCCCAUAUAAGGAUUCAUAUGUAACUUAUUGCUUUGUAAAAUGCAGAUAUCUUAUUUAAUUAAUUCGUAUGUUUUCACUUCUCCUUGCUUUCCAAAUCCUCUUGACAUUUUGAAAUAUAUUGAUGGACAGCUAGAAAGAACAGCGACCAAACAAGGAAAAUCUCUAAUCUGAAUGAAGAUCUUUGAGUUGAAUGUUAUAAUAAUAUUUCGUUUCAUUUUAAUUAGAAAUAUUGCAUAUGUUAAUGAAAUUUUCAUUAAUAAAAAUGAAAAAUAAAAAAAGCUUCAAUGAGAAUUUUGAGAGGAAAAUUGUGGUUACUUGUUUGAUUGAUACUCU